CGUCUUGGAUGGACUGACUGCUGCACUGCGUGAAAACUUUUUCCUGUGGGGCGGUAGGCUCUGUACGGAUGAAAUCCGCGCAUUUCCUAGGACUAAACGAAAGACUAGUUUAUAGUUAACCAAGCUUUAUUGAGAAUUUGAAAACAAAUGGGAAUGCUACUAGCAUAUUAAAACAAACUUUAGGCAAUGUAACGUCCGCGCGAGCGAAAGUGGACAAAUUGACCGUUUUGCUACAUUAAGACAUAAAGAAUUGCUGUAUGGGUUUGACAUCUUUAGCGCUGGACCCCUGGAGCAAGGAGGAAUGAUGUAGCAGACCAGCAGCCCCAGGCCCUAGAGAGUUUGACCCAGGAUGGAGCUGAAAGUAUGGGUAGAUGGAGUUCAGCGUGUGGUCUGUGGUGUCACAGAGGCCACCACCUGCCAGGAAGUGGUCAUUGCUCUGGCUCAAGCCAUUGGUCGCACAGGGCGCUAUACACUGAUCGAAAAAUGGAGGGACACUGAACGGCAUCUCUUUCCUCACGAGAGUCCGGUCACCUCUCUAAACACUUGGGGGCAAUAUGCUGGCGAUGUGCAGUUUAUCAUGCACCGCACAGGCCCCUCUCUGAAUGAGUACCCCCAGCCGAGGUCUGACACUCGGGGCCCAGAGCGUGGUUUGCAUCGGCAGAGCCUUCCAUUGAUGGCCAAGCUCCGAGCUCCUGGCGACCACUCCCUCCACCGGCGUGAGCCACGGCGCAAAUCUCUUACCUUCACGGGUGUGCCCCGCAGCCUCCGGGACAUCCUUAGUGGAGGCAGACUCAGCAACAGUAAGGCCAAAUACCGGGUGGUUGUAAUGAACAGUGGCCACAAUACGCAAUCAAUGUCCCCUCGGUUAUCAGGCAACCGAAUAGAGGAUCUUACCCAACUGGUGAAGCUUCAAAGGGAGACUCUUACAGUUUUAGACAGCAGGAUCGAGGCAUAUGAGACAGAGCUUCAGAUGUUGAAUGAGAAAAGAGUUGGAGUAGAGGAAGGUGAUCCAUACGUGAUGGUGACAGAUGAGAUUGCAAGGUUGGAGAAGCAGGUGCGAAAGAACAAGGUUGAGAUUGAGGAGGAGGAAUUCUGGGCCACCGAGCUCCAGAUUGAGCGGGAGAGUGAGAGGCAGCUGCAGGAGCGGCUGCAGGAGUUGGGCAGUCGUUUGCACAGCUGUGAGGUGGAUUUGGAGCAGCGGCUGAUGUGUAUGCAGGGUGUUGAGGCAGGACUGGAGACUCAGCGUCAGCAUAAGGAGAUCAGAGAUACGCAGCAGGCCACCAAAGGUGAAGUGAAGGCGAGACUUCAGAGGGUGAAAGCAGAACUCAAGGCUCAGUCUCAGCACAUGGCCCAGCUUGAGAAAAGCUGUAGAGCAGUAGACCGCUCAAUGGCUGAGUCAUGCAAGAGACUGCAGGAGAGUCAGUAUGAGCUGGAACAGCUGACCAAAGAGUUGAGGCAAGUAAACCUGCAGCAGUUCAUCCGACAAACUGGCACCAAAGUCACGGUUCUUCCCGUAGAGCCCAGUGAUGAGGACACCAACAACACAACAGAUGAAAAAGAUUUUGCUUCAUUAACUGGCUCAUUGAAACGAACUGGUUUUUCUAAAUCAGUGGUUGGCAGUAUUCGUGGACUACAGAGUUCGAUAUCAUCAGCCUUAAAUCCAGAGGGCAUCUAUGUUUGAGGAUGACAAACCCCUUCGGUAGCAGGA